UGAUGAUGAAGAUGAUGGUUGGGAAUUUAAAGGUGCAGACACUAAAACUGAUGCGGAGGUUGACAUUUCUAAGGCUAGUGAAAUGAAGGCUGAGAAUGAGUUGGUGUCUAAUGUUAAUGGAUUAAAUUCAAGAUGGAAUCCUUUAAGCUUAGAUUUGAAUGGAUGGACCUCGCAUGUCAAUAGAUACGACUCAAGUUGGGAUUGGUUGAAUACGGGUGCGUUUGAUGGAAAUACAGCACCUGGUAACAGUGAUGGCUGGGAAUUCAAAGAAACAGGUUCCAGAAUGCAGGCUGAAGAUGAGAAAGAGAAGGGUGAGCAGAUGAAAGCUGAAAUCAAGCCAAUAUUGACUUUUGAUGGAUCCAAUUCAACCUGGAAUUCAUUGAGUUUGGAUGGACUCAAGAAUUCAAACUUAAAUGAAGUGAACUCAGAUAUAAAACAGAUGAAUCUGAAUUUAUCUGAUGAAAAUGAGGAUUUUGGUGGCGAUGAUGAGUGGGAAUUCAAGGCUGCAGAAUCAGAAUCUGGGACUGCUGACAAGAAUACUAAGGGUGAUGAGAGAAAGGUGGAAAAUCCUGAGGGAACCACACAUGCAAUUAGGUUUGGCAGUGGAGUGAUUGGUACUGGUGAUUUAUUUGGUGCAUCACAACAGACCUCCAAAAAAUCUCCUGGACAGGACUUUGGGUUUGAUUUCAGCACUUUUUUGGCUCAAGACACUAAAAUGCUCCAUACACACACUAAAAAUGAGCAGAACGAUACCAAAAAAGUCUCACAUUCCUCCCCAGAUGAUGGUGUUGAUUCUGAUGAGGAGUCUUGGGAAUUUAAAGAUGCAUUUUUGGAAACUAGAUCAAAGGAAAAGGAAGAGCCAAAGGUUGUUGAAGUUUCUGCUGCUGUGGAAGCAUUUCCAUUUGAUGGUGAAAUUAAGGGAAACAUGGCCAGGUCAAUCAGUCAUAAAGGAGCCCUGCCCUUGUCCAUUUUUGGUGAUGAAGAACAGGAUUCCAAUGAUCCUGUGAGUUAUCAAGACAUUUCACCUCAGCUGUCCGGUUCAAAGCCAAUAGAUGACAUUAAGAGUCCUCAUUUAAACAUUUCUAUCAACGAUCUUAUAUCAAGUUUAUACAGUCAAGCUGAGCAUGAUACUGCUGUUAAUCAUGGUCAAAAUCCCAGUGGAAGUGGAUUGAGCCCUGCCAAUGUUGUAAUAGAGUCUAAUUUAGCAGGUGAUAGUGAUGAUUUUGAUGACGAUUCCUGGGAAUUUAAAGAUGCCUCUUCAGGGAUCAGAGCUGAAGAUCAGGCCUCUUUUAUUGGUCUUGGAGAGCCUAAUACAAAAUAUUCCACCAAAAUAGAGCUAAAUGAUUAUGUUGAUUUUUUUUGCAAAUUGAAGGAAGAAUUACACUUUCUUGCCCUGUGUCAUCUUGAUAAUCUAAAGAAAGCUCAAAGUGCUGCUAAUGAAGAUGCUGAAGUGAAAGCCCUUGGAAUGGAAAUACAGAAUCUUCAUGAUGAACUGCAGCAAGAUGGUUUGUUUUCUGGUGAAGUUGACACAGGAAAUCACUCCCCAAGAAAAUUGUGCCUCAAUGCAUUUGUUGAGGUUUUGCAAGAACCAAAGUUCCAAGUGUUUGAAUCAGAAUAUCAGUUAACAAGUAAAUUGUCAUUAGUUGAGAAUGAUUUGGGAGUGACCAUGGAACUCCUCAAACAUGUGGCAUCAACAAUAAAGAUUUUGAUGGUGGUAUCAAGGAAGGAGCAAUCUAGUUAUGUUUCCACUUGGUCUGAAAUCCUGUCUGUUUGUGCUCGAGAGCUGAAACAUGGUGCCUUAAUUUGGAUGCAGUCAUUACAAAAAGAUGUCCAUGAUCAAAUAUUAUCUAAACCUCAAGGCAAGAACUAUAUUGUCGCCCUUGGAGAAAUAUAUAGAGUUGUUGAAGUUAUUGGGUCCUCGGCCAGACUUUAUAAGCCAUGGUUAUUAGUGAGCUCUACAAAUCCCAUGGGCUUGCUCACUCUUCUAAGUGAGUGUUUCACUAUAUGGUCAAGCUCUGGACUUGAAGAAGCUCUGCAAAGCAUUUCUGAUCCAGCUGGUCUUUAUAAUAAUGGAAGUCUCACUACAUUAAUUGAAUCGAUUAAGUAUAUUCACGAUCUUGAUGCUCCUACGCUGUAUAACCAUGUUUUCUGUGGACAAGGUCCUAUCUGUCAACUGUCAGUUUUAACUGCAGGAAUAGUACCAGGGAUGAAAACUGUGGUGUGGAAUGGGGAGCACUACUUUCUCACGCUUGCUAAUUUGUGGGCAAAUUUAGUAAGCUGCAACCCUCCAAAUUUGCCACACAUACAUGUUGGAUGAUGAGGUUGGAAGGAUGGGUUAAUGUUCACUAGCAGCUUUUUGGCCGGGACUGUAGUUGUCUAAUUGAGUCCAAUUGUUUUGUUCAUGAUGAGGCUUCCAGGGCAUAAGCCACAGUUGCGCUGUCACAAGGAUACCACUCGGGGAAGAAAAGAUCCAAAUGUUGCCUCCUUGAAACCUGAUCUGAUAUUCAGGUACCAAGCCAACAUCUUUAUUGGUUGCCAUUCUUUACAUCAAGGCUCUAGCUAAGCAAUAGUUGUUUUGGUGUGUUAUUUUGUUGUGAAAUGGGUGGAUCAUACAACACCCAUAUGCCUAGAAAUAGGAUUAUGGCAUGUAUACGUGUAUAAUAAUUUGUUUCUCUAGAUCCACCUCCCAUUCUACCUUUAUCAUGUUGUAUUACAGGUUCAGUCAUAGUGCUUGUUGUCAAGCGCUACAUUCUUUCAAGUGACCGGAGACAUUUUUUACUCAAUUAAUAAAGUGCAUCAAUUUUAUUGUAUAAAAAAACAGAUUUUCUUGCUCGAA